AUCAUGUUGAGGAGACUGCUGCUGUCCUUGGGAGUCCUACAGGUGGCCCUUGCAUUCCUGGCUUCUGGCCAUGGCCGCCUGGACGAGAGGGGUCCUAUCCUGGAAGAUACAGGCAGGCCCAGUUCCCCAGGCCUUGAGAUGGUCAAGGAGGUCCACAUCCCAGAUUUUAAACAAGUGACUCUGGGAACACCAAGAGUCCAAGAUGAUCUUGAGCCAGAAGCCAGCAUGAUGAUGUCAGCAGCACUGCAGGCCCAGGAGCGGGAAGGGCGUUCUCCACGGAGAUGUGUCCGUGUCCAGGAAUCCUGCCUUGGGCACAAACUGCCAUGCUGUGACCCGUGUGCCACUUGCUACUGCCGCUUUUUCAACGCUAACUGCUUCUGUAAGAAAUUUAGCACUUUCCCCUGUGGCAGGAACUAGUUUGCAUUCUGCAGGCUGUCAUUUACUAAUCUUGAAUAGAUGUAGGGUCCAUAUAUAUUCCUUUUACAUUCCAA